CUCCGGAGGAGAGGCAGCCAUGGGAGCCGUGACGCCCGGGUUUGUGGAUUGUCACUGUCACCUCUCCGCGCCCGACUUCGACUCGGAUCUUGAAGAUGUGUUGGAGAAAGCCAAGAAGGCCAAUGUGUUAGCCAUUGUAGCAGUUGCCGAACACUCAGGAGAGUUUGAAAAGGUCAUGCAGCUUUCAGAAAGGUACAUGGGGUUUGUUCUGCCAUGCCUAGGUGUUCACCCUGUUCAAGGACUUCUACCAGAAGACCAACGAAGUGUCACUUUAAAGGACUUGGAUGUAGCUUUGCCACUUAUAGAAAAUUAUAAAGAUCACUUGCUGGCAAUUGGGGAGGUUGGAUUAGAUUUCUCCCCCAGAUUUGCCAGGACUGACGAGCACAAGGAGGAGCAGAGACAAGUCCUUAUUAGACAGAUCCAAUUAGCUAAAAGACUAAAUUUACCAUUGAAUGUUCACUCACGUUCAGCAGGCAGACCAACUAUUAAUCUCCUUCGUAAGGAAGGUGCUGAGAAGGUGCUGCUCCAUGCCUUUGAUGGCCGCCCAUCUGUAGCCAUGGAAGGAGUGAGUGCAGGAUACUUUUUUUCAAUUCCUCCUUCUUCAGCAAGGAGUGGACAGAAGCAGAAACUAAUAAAGCAGCUGCCUUUAUCUUCUAUAUGCUUAGAAACAGAUUCACCUGCGCUGGGACCAAUAAAACAGGAGCGGAAUGAACCUAGGAACAUUUCCAUUUCUGCAGAAUUCAUUGCCCAGGUGAAAGGGAUCUCAGUGGAAGAAGUUAGAGAAGUGACAACUCAGAAUGCUUUGAAACUGUUUCCCAAACUCCGGCAUCUGCUUCAAAAAUAACCUGCCAGAUUUCCUCCAGGAAAAUCAUUUCCUAAUAUGCCACCAGGUGGCAGCAUUGAAGGAAAAGACAUCUCUGACCAAAGAAAGAACAUGGUCUGGAUAGGGGCCACCAGCAUAGAGUAAUGAGAACUUUAAAUUGCUCUCAGUUCAGUUUAUGGGAAGUAAGCCUGUCUGGCAUUUCUGGAGCCAGGGUUUAGUUCCAGCUCUGCCACUGGCUGUGUGUUGUUUAAAAGUCAAUCAAAUGCUGAGGGAGGAGGGUGGGAAUAGAUGCUGCUGCUGCUGCUGCUGCUGCUGCUGCUGCUGCUGCUGCUGCUGC